AUGUCGCGAUUUGGGGUAUUUAUCAUUGGAGUGAUGUUUUUGAUGUCAAUUUUCGAUGUGAUGAGAACGGUUUCAGCCGAUGAGCGGGUCGAUGUGGGCACUCAAUACGAUAAGGAUGAUUUUGAAGCAGAGUUUGGAGACGAGAACACGGAGAACUUGUACAGCAAAGGAACCGAAGAAGACCAUAUCGAAGUCCGUGAACAAUCCUCAUUUGUCAAACCAACUGCCGUUCAUCAUGCUAAGGAUCUUCCAACUCUUCGUGUCUUCUAUUGCGUGUCAUGCGGGUACAAACAAGCCUUCGACCAAUUCACCACUUUCGCCAAGGAAAAAUACCCAAAUAUGCCUGUGGAGGGAGCCAACUAUGCUCCAGUCCUCUGGAAAGCUUACGUUGCUCAGGCUGUCAGCGUUAUCAAAUUGGGACUUCUUGUUAUCAUCCUCACUGGAAUCAAUCCACUUGAACGUCUUGGAUUUGGUUAUCCAGGUCCUCUUCGACACGCCCAUGAAAACAAAAUGUCUUCGUGUAUGCUUGUCUUUAUGCUUGGAAAUCUCGCCGAACAGAGUUUGAUCUCCACUGGUGCAUUUGAAGUCUACCUUGGCAAUGAGCAAAUCUGGAGCAAAAUUGAGUCGGGACGCGUGCCAUCUCCACAGGAAUUCAUGCAAUUGAUUGACGCGCAACUUGCCGUGCUCGGAAAAGCUCCGGUGAACACUGAAUCGUUUGGAGAGUUCCAGAAAACCGUUUAA